CCCGGAAGCGGAUGGCGUGGACUGAAAGUUGCACCGCGGCGUGUGCGUUUCCUAGUUCUCUGGUGCUGCUAUAUAGGGGACGUGGGGUCCCCACAGACCUGCAAAUUCCGGCCCCUCUUUUCUCAACCCAGAGCAAAUUGAAACGUCCGGGUGAGAGUCCGUUACACACCGCUGUGCCACGGUUUUGGCGAGGGCUGACAAUUGUGAGCUGUAGAAGUACCAGCCUAACAACUGUUCAAGUGACUCCUGACCUAGAUGGGUGGUUUCAUGCACCUCCAGUACAACUGUGGCUCCUAGCAGCUGUGGCACAGGAUUUCCAAAGACUCAUGUUACAAGAGGAAGCCACCAAGAAGAGCAAAGAAAAGGAGCCAGGGAUGGCUCUUCCUCAGGGACGCUUGACUUUCAGGGAUGUGGCUAUAGAGUUCUCUUUGGAGGAGUGGAAAUGCCUGAACCCUGCGCAGAGGGCUUUAUACAGGGCUGUGAUGUUGGAGAACUACAGGAACCUGGAGUUUGUGGAUAGCUCUUUAAAAUCCAUGAUGGAGUUCUCAUCAACCAGGCACAGUAAUACAGGAGAAGUGAUCCACACAGGGACGUUGCAAAGACAUAAAAGUCAUCACAUUGGAGAUUUUUGCUUCCCAGAAAUGAAGAAAGAUAUUCAUCACUUUGAGUUUCAGUGGCAAGAAGUUGAAAGAAAUGGCCAUGAAGCACCCAUGACAAAAAUCAAAAAGUUGACUGGUAGUACAGACCGAAGUGAUCACAGGCAUGCUGGAAACAAGCCUAUUAAAGAUCAGCUUGGAUCAAGCUUUCAUUCGCAUCUGCCUGAACUCCACAUGUUUCAGACUAAAGGGAAAAUUAGUAACCAAUUGGACAAGUCUAUCAGUGGUGCUUCCUCAGCUUCAAAAUCCCAAAGAAUUUCUUGUAGGCUCAAAACUCAUAUUUCUAAUAAGUAUGGGAAGAAUUUCCUCCAUUCUUCAUUAUUCACACAAAUACAGGAAAUACGCAUGAGAGAAAAACCUUGCCAAAGUAAUGAGUGUGGCAAAGCCUUUAAUUAUAGCUCACUCUUAAGGAGACACCACAUAACCCAUUCAAGAGAGAAACAAUAUAAAUGUGAUGUAUGUGGCAAGAUCUUUAAUCAGAAGCAAUACAUUGUAUAUCAUCAUAGAUGUCACACUGGUGAGAAAACUUACAAGUGUAAUGAGUGUGGGAAGACCUUCAGUGAGAAGUCAUCCCUUGUAUGCCAUCGUAGACUUCAUACUGGAGAGAAACCUUACAAGUGUAAUGAGUGUGGCAAGACCUUUGGUCGAAAUUCAGCCCUUGUAAUUCAUAAGGCAAUUCAUACUGGAGAGAAACCUUACAAGUGUAAUGAGUGUGGCAAGGCCUUCAGUCAGAAAUCAUCCCUUCAAUGCCAUCAUAUACUUCACACUGGAGAGAAACCUUACAAAUGUGAAGAAUGUGACCAUGUUUACAUUCGCAGAUCACACCUUGAAAGACAUAGGAAAAUUCAUACUGGAGAGGGAUCAUACAAAUGUAAGGUUUGUGACAAGGUUUUCCGGAGUGAUUCAUACCUUGCAGAACAUCAGAGAGUUCAUACUGGAGAGAAACCAUACACGUGUAAUAAAUGUGGCAGGAAUUUCAGUCGGAAGUCAUCCCUUCAAUACCAUCAUACACUUCACACUGGAGAGAAACCUUACACAUGUAAUGAAUGUGGCAAGGUUUUCAGUCGAAGAGAAAACCUUGCACGUCAUCAUAGACUUCAUGCUGGAGAGAAACCUUACAAAUGUGAAGAAUGCGACAAAGUUUUCAGUCGCAGAUCACACCUUGAAAGACAUAGGAGAAUUCAUACUGGGGAAAAACCAUACAAAUGUAAGGUUUGUGACAAGGCUUUCCGGAGUGAUUCGUGCCUUGCAAACCAUACGAGAGUUCAUACUGGAGAGAAACCUUACAAAUGUAAUAAAUGUGGGAAGGUUUUUAAUCAAAAAGGAAUCCUUGCACAACAUCAGAGAGUUCAUACUGGAGAGAAACCUUACAAGUGUAAUGAAUGUGGCAAGGUUUUUAAUCAAAAAGCAAGCCUCGCAAAACAUCAGAGAGUUCAUACUGCAGAGAAACCUUACAAGUGUAAUGAGUGUGGCAAAGCCUUUACAGGACAGUCAACACUUAUUCACCAUCAAGCAAUCCAUGGGUGUAGGGAAACUUUACAAAUGUAAUGAUUGUCACAAAGUCUUCAGUAAUGCUACAGCCAUUGCAAAUCAUUACAGAAUCCAUAUUGAAGAGAGAUCUACAAGUGUAAUAAAUGUGGCAAAUUUUUCAGACGUCAUUCAUAACUUGUAGUUCAUCAGUGAACUCAUACUGGAGAGAAACCUUACAAAUAUCAUGACUGUGACAAGGUCUUCAGUCAAGCUUCAUCCUAUGCAAAACAUAGAAUUCAUACAGGAGAGAAACCUCACAAGUGUGAUGAUUGUGGCAAAGCCUUUACUUCAUGUUCACACCUCAUUAGACAUCAGAGAAUCCAUACUGGACAGAUGCCUUACAAAUGUAAGGGUGGCAAGGUCUUCACUCUGUGGUCAUUCCAUGCAGAACAUCAGAAAAUUCAUUUUUGAGAUAAUUGUUCCAAAUAAAAUGAAUAUAAAAAAAUCAUAAAACUUUAAUUGACAUUAGAGUUGAUUCAACAUUGACUUGAGUUUGAGUUGACUUAACAUUGAGUUCACGCAUUAAUUGACAUAAAAAGUGUUAAUGUUAAGAAGAAUGGGUCAGGUGCAGUGGCUCAUACCUGUUUUCCCAGUACUUUGGGAGGCCAAGGCAGGUAGAUCACUUGAGGUCAGCAGUUUGAGACCAGCCUGGCCAACAGACUUGAGCCACUUUACCCAGCCUGUUUUUUAUUUUUAUUUUUUGAGAUGGAGUCUUGCUCUUGUCACUCAGGCUAUAGUGCAAUGACAUGAUCUCAGCUCACUGGAACCUUCACCUCCUGCAUUCAAGCAAUUCUCCUGCCUCAGCCUCCUGAGUAGCUGGGAUUAGUGAUGCAUGCCACCACACCAUGCUAAUUUUUGUAUUUUUAUUUAUUUUUUAUUUUAUUUUAUUUUUUUGUUUUGAGAUGGAGUCUUGCUCUUGUCACCCAGGCUGGAGUGCAGUGGUAUGAUCUGGGCUCAUUGCAACCUUUGCCUCCUUGGCUCAAGCAAUUCUUCUGCCUCAGCCUCCUAAGUAGCUGGGAUUACAGGUGCGCGCCACCAAGCCUGGCUAAUUUUUGUAUUUUUAGUAGAGAGGGUGUUUCUUCAUGUUGGUCAGUCUGGUCUUGAAAUCCUAACCUCAGCUGAUCCACCCAACUCGGCCUCCCAAAGUGGUGGGAUUACAGGCGUGAGCCACUGCAACUGGCUCUUUUAAAUUUAAUUUUUUUAAUUUAUUUAUUUUUGAGCCUGUUUUGCAGCCUUUACAAAAAUCAGGGUUUUCCCGCAAGAUCAUGAAGAUUUUCAUAUAAGGGACCUCUGACCAUUUGUGUUGGCGUUGGCAGUAAAGGUCAAGCAGGAAUAAGGUAAUAACAUUCAAGCUCCCCACCUUUGGCCAGGUUCCUGCCUUUCUAGUUCAUAUUUUGGCCAAACCUAGCUACUCGCCAGGCUGAGGCAAGAGAAUCACUUGAACCCGGGAGGCGGAGGUUGCAGCGAGCCAAGAUCACACCAUUGCACUGCAGCCUGGGCAAAAAGAAAGAAACUUAGUCUAAAAAAAAGAAAAAAUCAAGACCCUUCUCUCUCCGUCAUCGUAGUGUGUGCUUGACUUCGCUUCUUGCCAUGUCUUCUCACAAGACUUUCAGGAUUAAGAGAGUCCUGGCCAAGAAACAAAAGCAGAAUUGUUCCAUUCCCCAGUGGAUUCGCAUGAAAACUGAUAAUAAGGUCACAAUCACGCAACCAUAUCAAGCUGAAAAUGUCGCCCCUAUCUGGAGAGUUGGACAUGUUUUAUUGGGAAUAUAUUUUUUAUCUCUGACUCUGUUACGAACGCAUUGGUUGGCUAGGUUCGGUAAUAAAUAUGUGAAACAUUUUAUUUAAAAAAAAAAAAAAGAACGUCGAUUGGGCGUGGUGGCUCACGCCUGUAAUCCUAGCACUUUGGGAGUCCAAGGCAGGUGGAUCACAAGGUCAGGAGAUCGAGACCAUCCUGGCUAACAUGGGGAAACCCCGUCUCUACUAAAAAUACAAAAAAUUAGCCGGGCAUGGUGGUGGGCGCCUGUAGUCCCAGCUACUCGGGAGGCUGAGGCAGGAGAAUGGCAUGAACCCGGCAGGCGGAAGUUGCAGUGAGCCGAGAUCGCGCCACUGCACUCCAGCCUGGGUGACAGAGCAAGACUCCAUCUCAGAAAAAAAAUAAAUAAAUAAAAAAUAAAAAUAAAAUAAGUCAAAUGACGUAAUUCGAUAGAGUACCUUAACCUUUGUUUUGUUUUUUUGAGCUGGAGACUCCACUGUGUUCAGUGGAUCACACCUGUGGUCCACGCACCUUGGGAGGCUGAGGUGGGAGGAUUGCUUGAGACUGAGUCUCCUGGGAAUCUUCUCAUCUCUUCUAACCCAGUUCAUGACAGACCCUUGGACUUUAUUGAUGUGGAAAAUCUAUAUAAAGCAAUAUCAUUGUGUCAAA